UCCUCCGCCCCGCCCGGCCCGGCCCGGCCCCGCUGGCCCCGCGCCCGGCGGGGCUGUGGCGGCGGACGAGCCGCGCUCCGCGCCCGCCUCCCUGGCGAGCGGCGAUGGACGGGCAGCCCCCGCUGGGCCCCGCCGAGCCGCGCUGGGGGCGGCGAGCGACCCCCCGGCCGCAGCCCCUCGCCUGGAGCAAGCCGCGGCCGCAGUCGUACCAGAGCCCCAGCGGACUGCUCGUCACCGACUUCCCCGUGGAGGACAGGUGCGCCGUGCCCGUGACCCGGCCCGCCGGCACCGGCAGCCCCGCCGCGGGGUCGGUGUCCAACGGCACCGGCAGCCCUUCCAUGGCAUCGGUGUCGAACGGCGCCGGCAGCCCCGCCGCGGGGUCGGUGUCGAACGGCGCCGUUCCCAGGAGCGCACCGCGCCGUGCCCCCGCGCUGCCGAGCCCCCCGCGGGGCCGGGACCCGCCGGCCCGCAGCAGCUGA